UCAGUGACAUGUUAAGGAAUUUGCAGACUCUUCCCUUUGUCAUGUCCUUUUCUCUCGAUAUUUUAACCCUUUCACAAUCAUCAUUCUGUUUUCUUCUAACUCUUUCUUAUAUACUACUACUAUGAUGCUAUACUACUACUAUUAUUAUCAAGCUAAGUAGAACCGAAAAAAAGUGAUUUUUUGAGGACCCUUUUGGAUUUGGAAAUGGCUAGUUGUGGGAGGGAAGGUGUGGUGAGACAAUAUGUAAGAUCGAAAGUUCCUCGUUUGAGAUGGACACCAGAACUUCAUCGUUGCUUUGUUUAUGCCAUUGAAACUCUUGGUGGUCAUCAAAAGGCUACUCCUAAGCUUGUUCUUCAGUUGAUGGAUGUUAAAGGGCUUACAAUUUCACAUGUCAAAAGCCAUUUGCAGAUGUAUAGGAGCAUGAGAAAUGACUCAUGUAAUAACCAAGAUAGGACUAUACCCGUACAUAAAAGACAAUCUUUUCAAGAGAAUGAUGAUGGUUUUGGAAAUGAAUCUAUUGGAAAGGAAUCUGAUUCCCUCUUUAGCUACACAAAUUUCUCCCCAAAAAGAGCUAGAAUCGAGAAGAAAAGUUCAUUCUCAGGAAUCUUAGAAUGCAGGGAAAGUUUAUGUGAAGCAGUUCCAAAUCCAUACACAAGAUUCUAUGAUUAUGUGCAUGACAUGGUUCAGGAACAGCAGAAAGGAAUAAAGAACAUUUGUGUUGAUGGUUCAAUAUGGAAGAUCACUCCUGAACCACAAUAUUGCAAAAUGCUACCAAAACAAGAAACUCAUUUGCUUAAGGUUACAAAGUUAAGUGAAAAAAAGAAUGUGAAUGAAAAGAGUGUACGUGCAGAAGAAGAAGGUUGUGAAUUGUCAUUGUCAAUUUCAUUGCCUCAAAAAAAUAAUGAUGUGAGAGACUCUGGAUUUAGUAACUAUAUGGGUUGUUCUACUGUCCAAAACAGAAUUAAUUUGGAUCUAUCUUUGGCCAUUUGAAUGUUAAGUGAAUUGUGUUUUUUUUAUGCAUGUUAGUACUUAGUACUAACAUUCCUAGAAAGGUAGUACUAUUAUACUCUUGGAACAAAACAUUGGUGUAUAUAUUCUGAAACCGCAUG